AUGAACCGGCCAUCGUCACAAUGCUUUCCCAGGAAUCCCCCUGGCAAGCGCGUGGUGCUCGAGCCCCUGCCGCGAGUCCAUCUUCCUGAGCCCACCAAACCAGACCUCGUCAACGCAGAGACCCAGGCCUCUCCUGCAGCCGAGCCAGCCGCAGCACCGUCCAUGGGGAUUUCAUUCUUCCCGCUCGGAAACCUCUCGAAUGUCCCAAACCCGAACGCUUUGCCGGUGCUGCCGUACUACCCCGUUCCGUCGCUGGCCUUUGCUCCCACCUUCUUCCCGAUGCUGCCGAUAUGUGCCCCGUCACUGCAACCCGAACUGUCCCAGACGCUAUCAUCGACAUCGCUCAUCCACGGACGGGGCCAGGAUGAAUCUCAUCGGCGCGAAGAAAAAGAGAGGCAAUGGAGACUGAGACGCCACAGCGCUGCUAUUGUGCUACAAAAGUACAUCCGGCGAUGGCUUGUGAAGCGCGACUUCAUCGAUACCAAGCUCAAUCCGAUCGCACGCGAGCGCAACCCGCUUCAGUAUUUCGUGGAGAGACUGAUAGACCAAGUGCUCAAGAGCGAAGUCAUUCCGGACAUUAUCGUCGAAGUUUCUGAAGAGUCUUAUGCCCCAUAUCCAUACAUCGCCCAGGUGUUCCGGACCAAAGCCUUUCGCUGCCUCUACAUCAAAUAUCACAUCAUCGAAGAGGCCCUGUGUGAUGAGAUCCCCCUCAUUGUGUCCGAGGCUAUCGAGGAGCUCGCAGCCGAAUACGUUCCUGAGCCACCUCUACCACUAGCAAUCCUCGAGAGCAUCGUUGACCCGGUUGUCCGAGAAGAGUGCUGUGAAGUCGUCCGGGAGCUCGUCAAGACCAUCGUCAACGAGCACAUCCUGCAGGAGGCUUCUGAACGCAUUUUCAGCCAUGUCCUGAACGAAGUCUACAAUGACAUGGAAAUUGCGCAAUCUGUCCUCUCGGAAGAGAUCUCCAUCUCGAUAUUCUUUGAGAUGGUUGACGAGGAGAUCCAACGCUCGACUCGACGCAUUGCCCUGGAUCUGCAGAACGAGCUGCCCGUCAAGUUUUACAUCCGACGGCCGCACAGGCCAAAGUCUCUCCAGGUCAACACAGCCAUGGGCUUUCUUCUCGGGCAGAUGUCGCUCCGCUAUGCGCUUGCUCGCCUUGUGCAAGGGCAGUCAUCGUCACAUAGUGAGAUCGUUGAGACGCAGACACUCUGCUCACAGGAAGCGGAUCGGAUCAUUCUGAGGCGACUGCUCAGAGGGCUGAUAGACGGAUCGCACUCAUAG